AUUGUAUUCCUUAUGUACAGGUACAUUAGGUGAUCACAGACAAAGCAGACAUGUCGUCAACAUCCCAGAAACAUAAAGAGUUUGUGGCGGAACCUAUGGGGGAGAAGUCUGUCAAUGCACUUGCUGGCAUUGGCGAGGUACUUGGCAAGCGACUGGAGGAGAAGGGCUUUGACAAGGCUUACGUAGUCCUCGGUCAGUUCCUGGUACUGAAGAAGGAUGAGGAGCUAUUCCGGGACUGGCUGAAAGACACAUGUGGGGCUAAUGUUAAACAGCAGGGUGAUUGCUAUGGCUGCCUGCGUGAAUGGUGUGACUCUUUCCUGUAGAGAAUCCACUUUCUCCUUUUUUUCUUUUUUUCCACCUCAGUUUUUCCUUAAUCCCAAUCAUUUAUUUACCUAUUAUGGUCUCGCAUCAACUUACACCUCAUAUGGACUCACG